GUCUUUGUGAUGCUCAGCAUUUACAGCUUGCUGACCAACCCGGUCCUGCUCUUUGUUAUCAUCUUCGUGACAGGUGGUCUUUACGGAAUCGGCAAGCUCCAGGGCCGAGACCUCGAUUUGGGCGUUGCCCGCUUCAACACCUCCCAGCUGUACACUGGGCUACUGCUUGUCGCGGUUCCCCUAGGAUUCUGGGCCUCACCCAUUGCUACGGUGCUCUGGUUGAUCGGAGCCACCGGCGUGGCCGUCUUUGGCCAUGCCGCUUUCAUGGAUAAACCAAUCGAGAAUGCUUUUUCCGAGGAGGCGGUCUAGGUGGUCGGCCGCGAACUCCUUACGGUAUGCCCCGAUGGGGAAGACCACCGCGGGCACGAGUGGGGAGACAAACCAGGAGACGUGCGGCUCCGUGGGUGGAUGGGAGCUUAAGGGUUGAGGAGCUUGACAGCGAGGAGGACGAUAUAUACAGUCGCCAAGAUAUGCGCAUAUCGCAGGCAAGGCAGGCAGCGAAUCGGGAGAUCGCUGGAGGAUCGAUGCGACGGAGGCGAAUGGUAGAGUAUGACGCGGUCUACGAAGACGAAAUGGCAUCUGUCGAUGAGAUGGACUACGACCUACAGGAUAGCAUGGACAGCACGGUGGCUUAUGCAGUGCAGUUAGCCAUGAAGGACAAGGAGGAGCGACUAGUAGAUCAGGCUCUCGACCGGAUACGACGCGCGCAGGUGCAGGGCCAGAAGAACGUGCGUUUAUCGAAACGGGAGCUAGAGGCGAUCGAACGCAUGCGGACCGGAUCGAGAAGCGGAACCGAGCAAGAACCCCGUGCCAGCGCUUUGGAAGGGACGUCCUUUGACAAUCGAUACUUGAAUCCUCCUGAAAGUUCCAGCCACCGAGCUACAGGGGAAGCACCUCGUGGUGGUCCCUAUGUGUCAUCCUCCCCCAGAAAGCACAGCGUGCCGUCUUCCCUUGCAGAAAACAACAGUGCCUAUGCCUUUUGGGCGCGUACUUCGGCUGCUUCUCUCGACCCCGAAGCCUCACCCCGAUCGCCAUCUUCUCGCCCAGAGUCCAGUCAUACGCCCCCUCGAUCUCCACUUCAGCCAGCUUACUCACUGGAGCGUUUACCAUCAGUACCUCUUGUUCACAAUCCUGGAUCUAUGCGGAGACCGGCCUUCACGCGCCCUCUUCACGACGAGACCCAAUGGAGACCCUCCCAUCGGCCCCCUCAUCCUAUAGAUUCCCCGCCGUACCCGCUAGAACCUCGACGCGAUUCGGUCGCCCAUUCAGGAAAGACAUCGAUAACUGGCUAUCGGAACAUUUUUGACGAUCGUCUUAAUAGCGCACGGAGUGCGACUAUGGGGCAAGGGCGGCCGGGGAGGGUGACGGAGAAAUACCCCCGAGAGGAUGGAGGAAAUCGAAGCAGUGGAUUGGAGGACAGUACUGAUGAAGUGCAUAUGAUAGACGUGUUGGAGCGGAGAGUGCCGCUUGGCAUGCCAACGCGGGUGCCAGUUGGGCGCGGAAGUUAUCAUCGCGGCAGUCGUCCUUGAAGUCCCGUACGCUUGUGCCUGUAACCUAUGAAGCGCGUCCUGUAGAUUUGUUUAGAUUAG